AGUGACGUCAGCAGGUCCGUUUCCUGUAUGGAGUUUAGCCGCUAGCCUUUCUGAUUCGCUGCUUCUCCGCCGGUGGUGGUGAGUGCGGCACGUGACCGGUGCGGGGACUGAGCGGGGCUGAGGACCCUUUCACCCGUGUUGCCAAGAUGGCCGCCAAGGUUGCCAAAGGGGCCAUACGCAAAGCCAAACCAGUAGUGUCUAAGACCUCUCUGAACAGCCCGUAUCAGAAGAUCUGGACCCCGGUGGUGGGAGACGACAUGCAGUUCAUCCUGAGAACGUUAGUGGAAAAGUUUGAGCAACUUGGACUGAAAAAGAUCGAGACGCAAAUUAAAUCCUCAAAAGGCAAAAAACGCAGAAAAACGAAACCUUCAGAUGGAAAUGGUAUUGAUUCCGUCAAAGAAGAGAAAGACCCCGACACAGAGACCCCGAAGGACGAGGCACCGAAGAUGGGAUGGACCCACGUGGAGCUUCGGAAACUCCUGGCCAUAGGGAUUAAUGAGGUGACUCGCGCUUUGGAGAAAAACCAACUGGACCUGGUGAUGGUGUGCAAGUCCGCCAAGCCGGAGAUGGUCACCAAGCACAUCAUCGAGCUCAGCUUCAGCCGGGAGGUCCCCGCCUGCCAGCUGCCGCGGCUCAGCGAGAACAUGGCGCCGGCUCUUGGCCUGAACUCUGUGCUGGCGCUGGGCUUCAGAAGAAGCUCCGACGUGUUUCGGGAGCAAGUAGAAGCCAUCUUGCCACGAGUGCCGCCGUUACACGUCCCGUGGCUCCAGGCCAGUUGGAGGCAAAAAAAAGUGGUCCCUGCAUCGGUGGAAGAGGAAGAACCUGAAGACGAGGGCCCCGUGACUCCGGCCUUCCCCAGAAAACGGAAGGGCUCCCCCCUCACCGAGCCGACGGCUGAGGUGAAUCUGCAGGAGCUCAAAGUCAAGAAGAUCGUCCCGAACCCCAACAAGAAACGGAAGGUUAAAGUGAAGAAACUGCUAGGUAAAAAGUAACGUCGUUCCGGCUCCAGAAAACUGAGAGAAUAUAAGACUCGUUUUUUAUUAUUUUUUACAGCAAACUUCAAAUUUAUUUUCAGAGAUUUGAGCGAAAACUGUUGUCGUGGGGGGGUGUAGUAAAAAUCCUGCAUUCUGU